UUGGCUGCUGGCGAUAUAAGUUGUGGUGUUGGAAGCAAAAGGCCUUUUACGCCUACUGAUUCGAUUUUGGAUAUUAUCGAUACAGAACAAGUACAAAGGCUAAUUGCGUCUCGACAACGCGCCGAGGAAGCGACGGCUUCUUCAACUUUUGUUCAAAGAAACGAACUUGGUGAAGGCAGCUCUGAAACUAUGGUUGUUUCUGUACCAGAUCAAGAGGAAUCUACAGAGAUACCAAAAGGAGCUGCAUUUCGAAAUAUACUGCGAUCCUCGAAAAACGCAUUACUCGUUACGAAAAAAGAAUAUCUUAAAGAAGAUUGGUGUAAAACCGAGCAGUUGAUUCAAAAAAUUCGGGAGCCAGGAUGUUUACAGGCGACAGUGAUUAAUAAUUUCUGUUACGGGCAAUGUAAUUCGUUUUAUAUUCCCAAAGGACCACGGCGUCGCGAAGGAAACGACGAACGACCUCCACCUGCGUUUAAAUCUUGUUCAUUUUGCAAACCAAAAAAGUUUACCUGGAUUACUGUUACGCUUCGCUGCCCUGGACAGAAUCCUCCAUUUAGACGCAAGCGCUUACAAAAAAUCAAACAGUGCAAGUGUCUUCCAGUGGGUGUAAACUGA